AUGUUCAGGAAAUACACCUCUUACUCUCAAGCUCUAGGAGACAUACAUCACCCAGUUGCCUAUACAGCAAGCGAAGAUUUCCCUCUCAGUGACAUCAUUCCAUGGGAUGUUCGCAGCAAAGCUGCAGGCGGAAAAGACUGUCUUGAAUACUUCGUGCAUCAUAACUAUGGGGACGGAUUUGGUCACCAGCUAAGUGAUAUUGCGGCUGCGAUGGUCUAUCACCUUCUGAACCGGAAUCAAAUGUGCUUUUUGGGAAUAGUUUACUAUGAUGGAGACCACCAUCAGUUUGAUCAUGGAUGCAAAUCAUGCCCGGCAAUCUACAAUACUCUCAGCCGACAAUGGCCUGGUAUCGAUCCUAAUUUUUCGAAUAAGACGAUACACAUGUUUGACUCGACCCGACUAUGGAGAGGCGUGGCAAGGGCUGGCGGAGAGAAAAGAUACAGCUAUGUUCCGUGUCGCAGUUGUGACGAGGCCCGAAUGACAGUAGCGCGGAUAUGGGUAGACGUUGUGAAGAAGAUAACAGCCAAGAAGAAAAUACCGACCCUGGAUGUUGCCAUCCACAUUCGAAAAGGUGAUUUCCCUCGCCCCAUAUCGAAAACUUAUGCAAAAGUCAUUGAUGAGGUGUUUGGGAAUAAUGUUGCACUCGAUAUCUUUACAGAAAACUCGAACGAAGCAAGUGACUUUUUGAUGCAAUUGAAUAGAUCUAAGGAGAUCAGGGUUCACGAAGGUGGCGACGCUGCUGAUGUCUGGCUCACCUUGGCAAAGGCCAGGGUGCUUUUCGUACACGAAUCAUCCUUUUCGAUAUCGGCAUCUAUUGCAAGCGAAGGAAUCAUUUUCAGCCAGAAUCAAAAACCGUACGAAGGCAGAUAUGAUAACCACCACUUUCCGUGCAAAUUGAAUGAUGGAUGGUGGGUAUCUACAGGUUUACACGGUAACAUCACUUGCGAUGUGGAAAAGAUGUUUGAUGUCUUUCGCAGUAUUGAAGACAAGUAUAAUGAUUGA